GCACCUGCUUCAAAAAUCUGUAUGCACAUGAGAGUUUAGCUGCCAAGUGAUUUGCGUCCUUAUUGAUAAUUUUUUUGUUUUGUUUAUGUUUGUAUUUUAAUCAUCAUAUUUUUUAAUGUAUUACAGACUCUAAUGUAUUUAUUUGUAAAUAUAUUAUUCAACGUAGCAGUCGGUACCUGUGUUUGCGUUCAUUGUUUCCACUCGGUCAUAUUAGGAGACGGAAGGCAAACAGCCACGUAGUAAAAGCUGAAGCUGGUUUGUACUGUAUAACUUCCUGAAUAUUGGAAAGCACCUGCUUCCAAGUAUUGUGUUGCUUCCCAAUGAGGACCCAGAAGGAUUAACCAUGGACAUUAGAAUUUAAUAUACUGUUCAAAUGGAGAUCAAUGCUGAUCAAGAUUACACCACUUUGAAAUCCCAAGAGGUUGAGGGUGAGCGACAAUUGAACGAAGAAGGACUUGAUGGCAAUCCAAACACAACUAAGGGGUUACACAAUGGUCCCGUCAGCUCGGACGCAAUGCCAAAUGGAGAUGAAAUGUCAGAAGGCAUUGCUGCUGCUGCUGAUGGGAACUCUCAUCAUAAUGGGUCCCUGUUUCCAGCAACCGUUCCACAGAGCAGCAGCUCCCCAUUCAACUCCCAAACUCAAGAGGCCUACGCAGGUGUGACUGUUUAUCCACCCAUGAUGAUUGAACCUGUUCAAGCUGGUACUGAGGUGACAGGUCACACGGGUGAUGCUUUGCAGUCACUCAAACUCAGUAUGCCUAUGCAGGAGACAGAUUUGUCCAAUCAUAAGCCUUCAUUGGAAAUGGAAAAUGAGGAGAAGAUUCGUCUGGAGGCUCGCCGGCGCCUGGAAGAGCAGCUGAAACAGUACAGAGUGCAAAGGCAUAAGGAGAGGUCUCAUCGCAGCACUGCAAAAAACAGACCAUUCAGUACCCUGGACCCAGAAUUAAUGCUGCAUCCUGAGGCUCUUCCCAGGGCCAAUACAGUCGCCUUGACUAAGGAGUAUUCCUUCCUGAGGACCAGUGUACCCCGUGGUCCUAAACUGGGGAGUUUAGGAAUUCCCACCACCAAGGACAAAAAAUCCAGAUCCUCCCGUACAAGCAAAAUCCACUCCUUGGCUGACUACAGAUCUCCAGAGAUUGAUGGUGGAGGCGAGGGAGGAGGAGGAAUAAAGACUGCAGACAACACCACAGGCUCCAUCCAAUCGACCAUCAGCUCAGUAUCCACUGUAUCCGAGAUCAGCUUGAUGUCACAAUCAGGCACCUGUGGGGGAGAAGUGCUGUCUCGGGCUUCACUCCAAGGCGAGGAAAGUGUCCCUGAGAUUGAUGGCAGUGAGUCAGGAGCAAGGCCUGGAAAUGAUGGCAAUGACAGUGACAGCUCAUCCUACAGCAGUGUGUCUACCAGGAGGACCUACACCAUGAUUUCUGCUCCCAUGGACAGGCAGCAGAGGACCUACACCGUUGACGGACGGGAGAUUGCUGCAGAGGCAAUGGGGCAAUUUCCCUCCCUGCAUGAAGUCUUGCAGGCAGCCCGUGAUGAGCAUCACCCUCUAGAGUUGGAGCAAGAAGGGUCCGUAGAACCACGCAGUCGGAGAGACAGUUUCUCCAGCAGUGUCUCUUUGGAGAGCUCUGUAAUGGGCCAAGAUGAAAUACUGCAAGUGCUGAAAGAAAAAAUGAGACUAGAAGGCCAACUGGAAUCUUUGUCAUCUGAGGCCAACCAGGCUCUAAAGGAGAAGACUGAGCUCCAGGCUCAGCUUGCCACCGUGAAUGCUCAGAUGCAGGCUCAGAAAGCAGAGGUUCAGUUUAGCCAGGAAAAGCAGUGUGUUCUCACGACAGAAGUCAGGACACUGCAGCAGAGUUGUAGCCAACUCGAGAAGGCAAUGAUGGAUCUGCAGGGCAAUUUGGAGAGCAAAAAUUCCAGUCUUGCUUCACUGUCCAAUGACCUGAAGGUGGCUGAAGACCAAUAUAACAGGUUGAUGGGGAAGGUGGAGGAGAUGCAAAAGACUCUCACUUCAAGGGACAAUAUAGUCCAAGAAAUGCGACUGCAAAUGGGUGGUCUUCAGAACCAGCUACAACAAGUCCAGCUGGAGCGGAGCACUCUUCAGAGUCGACUUAAAACCUCCCAGGCAGAGAUUGACUCACUCCAGCAAGUGAGGCAGUGGUACCAGCAGCAGCUAGGACUGGCUCAGGAAGCCCGAGUGAGACUGCAAAGUGAAAUGGCUAGCAUGCAGGCUGGAAAAAUGACCCAGACUGGUGUUCUAGAACAUCUCAAGCUAGAGAACGUGACCCUGUCUCAUCAACUAACUGAAACCCAACACCGCUCUAUCAAAGAAAAAGAGCGUAUUGCUGUUCAGCUGCAGAGCAUUGAGGUAGACAUGAUGACUCAAGAAGCUGCUUACAAGCAGAUCCAGGAUGCCAAAAGUAUGGUGGAAGAUGAUCUGCAACACAAACUACAAGAGUUUGAGGAGGAACGGGAGCGCUUAAUAAAACUGGCCAACACAGCAAGUAACUUGGAAAUGGAGCUAGAGCAGAUGAAGUUGAACCUUUCUCAGAAGGACAUCCAGCUGCACUCUCUCCAGAAAGAACAUCUGGACCUGAUGCGCCAGCUAACCACCACUCAGGAGAACCUUCAUACCAAAGAGCAGUUAAUCAACCAGCUCGAGGCUCGAUACCUAGAGCUGGAAGCCCAGCUAGCUGAGCUGCAGACGGAGAACAAUAGCAAAGAUGACAGCAUCCAGUACCUUCAGAACGAGAAGAUUGUUCUUGAGGUAGCUUUGCAGACAGCCCGAGCCGACAAGAGCCACCUUGAUGAAAAUGCGGAAUGGCUUGGAGAGGAUGUUUUGCUGGCCUCGGAUGUGUUAGAUCAGCUCAAACAGGAAGUUCAGGUUAAAACUAAUCAGAUUGAAAAGCUACAGCAAGAAAAUGGUUCCUUGAAAAAACAAGCUCAAAAACUGAAAGAUCAGUUCCAACAACAAAAGGUGAUGGUGGAAGCUUACCGUCGGGAUGCAAAUUCCAAAGAUCAGUUGAUCAGUGAGCUCAAGUCAACUAAAAAGCGUCUUUUGGCAGAGGUGAAGGACCUAAAACAAGAGCUUCUGGAUGUUGAAGGGGAGAAGCAGAAGGCUGAAUUACAGCAGACCCAUCUACAGAAAGAAUUGCUUAGAGUGCAAGAACAGAUUAGUAACAUGGAAAGUCAUCUGCAAGACAUUCAGAGAGAACGAAACCAGCUUGAAACACAGAUACAGUCCUUGCAGUUUGAUCAGAGUCAGCUUGUGGCUGUGACAGAAGAAAAUGAAAGUCUUAGGAAACAAGUUGAGAAAAUGGAAACAGAAGCCAAAAAAGCCAUCUCUGAGCAAAAAGUGCGUAUGAAGCGGCUGGGGACCGAUUUGACCAGUGCUCAGAAGGAGAUGAAGGCCAAACACAAGGCAUACGAGAAUGCUGUGAGCAUCCUGAGUCGGAGGCUGCAAGAGGCCCUGACUGACAAGGAGACGACUGAGGCUGAGCUGGUCAAGCUCAAAGCUCAGGUGUCGGUUGGUGAAAACAACCACAUCCUGCAGGAGAAGAUUGAAUCACUUCAGACUGGGCUUCAGGUUGUGACCAAAAGCAAGGCAAUGUUAGAAAAAGAACUUGAGGAAGUCAUCAACCUCACGUCCACAGAGUUAGAGGAGUACCAAGAGAAGGUCCUGGAGUUAGAAGAUGAGCUUCAAGAGUCACGGUGCUUUAAGAAGCGGAUCAGAAAAUUAGAAGAGGCCAACAAGAAGCUCGCACUUGAGCUGGAACAUGAAAAAGGAAAAUUGGCUGGACUGACGAAGUCCCACAGUACACUGCGGGAGCAUGCCAAUAUCUUGGAAUCUGCGUUAGCAAAGCGAGAGGCUGAUCUUGUACAGCUGAACCUGCAGGUUCAAGCUGUUCUAAAGCGCAAAGAGGAGGAGGACCAACAAAUGAAGCAGGUGGUACAAAAUCUUCAGCUUGCCUUGGAAAAAGAGAAAACCAAAGUAAAAGAUCUUAAAGAACAGGUGGCAACUGCAAAGGCUGAAGGAGCCCACAAUCGGAGGCACUACAAGGCUGCCGUGUUGGAACUCUCAGAGAUCAAGAAAGACCUGCAGGCCAAGGAGGACUUAGUCAAAGCUCUGCAACAUGAAGCCCACAAACUACAAUACCAGGAUGAGAAGCAUGCUGAAGAGAUCUCCAGUUUCCAAGAGGAGCUAGCUGAAGCCCAUUCCCGCCUCCAGAUCCUCCAGAAAAAAUUAGAUGAAGAGCUAUCAAAGAAGCCCCUCAAUAAUCAAGAGGUUGAGGACCUUAAGUGGGAGGUGGAAAAAAGGCAGCGGGAGAUUGAAAAUCAGAAGCAGCAGUUGGAGAUGAUGGAGGAGUGCCAGCACAGGGAGCUGGACAGCCUUCAGACAGCUUUACAGAAUAUAAAGGUAGAGUUGGAGACAGUCCAGGAGGAGCUGAGUUGUACAAGGAAGGACAAGUUUAUGCUACAAGCUAAAGUAGGUGAGCUGAAAAACAGCAUGAAGACCAUCCUGCUACAAAACCAGCAACUCAAGCAGGAUCUCAAACAGAACCGUCUACGGAAGCAACGGAUGGAGUUAAAGACUGAGGUGACCUCAUCUAACCCAGUGACACCGGUAAAGAUACCUGACUGCCCUGUGCCUGCCUCACUGCUUGAUGAGUUGCUAAAACCAUCAACAUCGGUCAACAAGGAGCCCCUCAACAACUUGCACAACUGUUUGCGGCAGCUCAAGGAGGAAAUGGACAGCCUCCAAAAGCAGAUGGAGGAGCACACAGUAACAGUGCAUGAGUCAAUGAGCUCAUGGCCAAACACAGAGGACGGGCUGGCUCAACUUGGACUUCAAAACAACAUCUCUAAUCCAUCGAGGCUCCUGAAUGACAGUGUGGUGGAAAACAAUAAUGGGGCGGAACAGCAGCAGUCAUAAAAGCAAACUUCUGUUAGGUUAUGAUGACUGUGGAGUUUUAUCCACAAAAUCCAUUGUUAGCCUUUCCAUUUUUCUGUUUAAACAAUGGCUGUCAACAUUUUAAUAUUCUCCGAUUAUCACAGGAGUGCUUUUGCCGAGUAAUAUUUAUUAUAGCUUUAUUAUUUUCUCUUAUCCCCGUGUCAUAGGUAUUUAUUAAGAGUUAAGCAAUUACACUUUAACAACCACACCAAGACAAACCUUGACAUUCUGAUAAUACGGCGUUUUUCCAGGCACAUGCUGAACAUCUGCUGUUCAGGUUUUAAUUCUAAUUUUCAAUCAGUGGCUUUCAUUAUUGACAAUAUUUUUUUUGAGAUGAUGAUUAAGCCACAAUGGCUUUGGACUGUUCUUCAUAUUCUUUGUACCUGUAGUCGGCAAAUGUCGUUCAUUCAGGAUUUAACAAACAGGGUUACUCCUUGACAGGUAAGCAGUUGGUGGUGGAAAAUCAUUUUACCUUGUCAUAAGGUCAUGCUGACUCUUGGUUUUUGUUGCCUUUUGUUAAAAAGCAGUCAGGCUUCAUUAUUGUGGCUGUUUGUCUAGAAGUUCCUUAAAAUCUGCAUUAAGAUCAGUUAUGAAUGCGUGUGUGUUGUCAAGCAUGGACUGCCGUGAUUUGUACGUGGGGAAAAAGCCUUAUGCAAUUUAAUGGAAUCUGGUUGAAUGAAUAUAUUUUGCUGGUCUCUUUGCAAGAUGAAAUAUAUUUUAUGUGAAAAUACGUGGAAAUGUGUGGGCCGCAUUUGUAUAACUGCAUGACCAUUGAUCAUAUGUAACUGAAAAAGAGAGUAGCAUGUUACAGAAUGGUUACCACCAGAAGCAGGUGUCUUUUGUUUUUGCACAUGGUGGUGAAAGUUGAGUACAGUAUCAUACUAAUCAAGUUGGAUGAUUACUGGGAUAAGGUCAUUGUUUCCAGUCUAAUAUAUAUUUUUCUUUUUGUAUGAUUGUAAAUUAAUCAAAUGUUUAAUAGUGUAAAGAUGGAGAGAAAUCUGAGUUAUGAAAAACAUGUAUUUCCAGACAUGCUUUUGUUCCUGAUACACCUGUGGUCGAAUUCUGCACUACAGUUGUGCUAUAUGAGAAUGAGAGGUUUUAGUUCCUCUGGCUGUUGGGUAGGUAUUUUCAUCUAAAAAAUUAUGUUCCACAAUAUCCUUGUGUAUUUAAAGGGAAUGGCUUAAAAUUCAUCAACACAACACAUCUGUGUUCUAAAUCUUUCCAACUUUUCGUUUGUCUUUUUUUUUAAUGAUUAAAAUUGACUGAUAAAAUGUC